UUUCAGUGGGCCGGCCAGCGGCGGCGGUGGCGGGGCGCGCGCGGCGUCUAGCCGCCUGCGCUCGGUCACCGCUCGAGCGGCGCCCCAUGGUGCGUCGGACGUGACCGGUCACGUGCUCGAGUGACCCCGCGCCUGGCGCCGCGACCGGCGGCGAGCGGUCGCCCGCGGCCGGCCCGGGCUGGCAAGCUGAGGAGACAGAUCACGGUGUUUGGGCUGACUGAGGUCAAGGCGAGACCGCCUACCGUACAAGAUGGGGGUGACCGAGGGCCAGAUCAACAACAUCAUGGGAGGGAUGGAGCAGACGGCUGGCGUCCGUCUGCACAACCACCGCCACAAGCUCAAACAAAGGUUUGACAUCGUGAAAAAGCUGGGGCAAGGCACCUACGGCAAAGUGCAGCUUGCUAUCAACAAGGAGACGGGCCAAGAGGUGGCCAUCAAGACGAUCAAGAAGGCGAAAAUCGAGACGGAGCAGGACCUGGUGCGGAUCCGGCGGGAGAUCCAGAUCAUGUCAUCGGUGACCCAUCCACACAUCAUCCACAUAUUCGAAGUGUUUGAGAACCGCGAGAAGAUGGUGCUGGUGAUGGAGUACGCGGCGGGUGGCGAGCUGUACGACUACCUGAGCGAGCGCAAGGUGCUCAGCGAGCCCGAGGCCCGCAGAGUGUUCCGCCAGGUGGCCACGGCCUGCUACUACUGCCACAAGCACAAGAUCUGCCACAGGGACCUGAAGCUGGAGAACAUCCUGCUAGACGAGUACGGCAACGCCAAGAUCGCCGACUUCGGGCUCAGCAACGUGUUCGACGAGAAGAGCCAGCUGGCGACGUUCUGCGGCUCGCCGCUCUACGCGUCGCCGGAGAUCGUGCGCGGCACCCCGUACAUCGGGCCAGAGGUCGACUGCUGGUCACUCGGCGUGCUGCUCUACACGCUCGUCUACGGCGCCAUGCCCUUCGACGGCUCCAACUUCAAGAAGCUCGUCAAGCAGAUCACCACCGGCGACUACUACGAGCCGAAAAAGCCCUCGCCGGCCUCUGAGCUGAUCAGCGGCCUGCUGACGGUGGGCGCCGACCGACGCUCCACGAUCGCCGACAUCUGCAGCCAUUGGUGGGUCAACAAGGGCAGCGACGCCUGCUGCCUGCGUGUGGCCGAGGAGCUGGCCAGCCAGACGCCCGUCCGGCUGGACCUGCUGCUGUCGCUGGCGCCGCAGAGCAGCGACAAGGAGCACAUGCUCACGCCCGGCGACGUCGAGAUGGUCGAGUCGCCGCGGCCGGACCGUAAGAAGCGAGACCGGCCGGACGCGGACGGGUUCGCGGCGUCCCGCUCCCGCUCGCUGGGCAGCCUGAUGGAGGUGGAGCCGGCGACGGCGGUCCCCGUCCCCAGCCCCGGCUCGCCGGGAGGCCGCGCUCGCGCCGCCGUCGCCGGCGCCGACGCCGCGCCCAAGCGUGCUCUGGAGGAGGACGACGAGUCGGAGCGCAGCAGGCGGACGGAGAAGCCGGAGAAGGAGCGGACCCGCAAGAAGGACGGCGAGAGGACGCUGAAGCGGAAGAAGAAGCGUGCCGAGGCGGCGAGCGCCGAGAUGCCGGGGUCCGGGGUGGCGGCGGCCAUCGCCCCGUCCGCGGACAGCACCUCGCGCGAGGAAAGAGUGACGGAGCCUGUCCACAUGGGGGCGGGGGCAGUGAGCAGGGUGGCCGAGCCCGUGGACACAGUGGCAGAGCCCGUGGAUAAAGUGACGGGGCCAGGGGACAGAGUGACUGUGACAGAGGACAGAGUGGCGGAGUCGGCCGCGUCUCGGUCGUGGUCGAAGUCGCGCAGUGAGGCGAGAACUUCGGAGCCGGCAGCCAGCUCCGCUGCCGGACUGAGCGCGCUCCCCGCCUCCCCGGUCAGGUCGGCACCGCCGUCACCGGGCGCGCGGGAGAGCUCGGCGCCCGAUCAGCCGCGGUCACCGGCCGCGGCGGCGCCUCGGUCACCGACGCAGCUGCAGCCGAUGUCACCGACGCAGCUGCGGCCGACGUCACCGACGCAGCUGCGGCCGACGUCACCGACGCAACUGCGGCCGACGUCACCGACGCAACUGCGGCCGACGUCACCAACGCAACUGCGGCCGACGCCACCAACGCAACUGCAGCCGACGUCACCGACGACAGGACGCCCCAGGUCGCCCGCGGCCGCCACUCCGAAGUCACUGACUCCAACGGCGGCGCGGUCGCCGGUGCUGACGCCGACCAGGUCAAGGUCGCCGACGUUAACGCCGACCCGACCCCGGUCACCGGCGCCGUCACCAGUGCCAGAGGCUCCCAGCCCAGCCCGGCUGGUGGAGGCGGUGGGGCAGAUCUCGCCCGGCCCGCCGCCGCCGGGUGCGGCGCAGGCCGGAUCCCCGGCAGCCCCGGAGGCGACGCCGGCGGACGCCAGGCCAGCCGCGCCGCCGGAGCCCAGCCGUAGCGGCGCCGCCUCGGCGGGAGGCGGCGCCCCUGCGACGACGAGUCCGUCCGACCGGCCGCCGCCGGAGCUCCUCGUGAAGAAGCCGUCAGACGCUGCCGUGGCUGAGCAGCCGGCGGCGGUCGGUGGCUGCGCACAGUCCGCUGAGCCGGCCGAGGCGGCCGGCCGGCCCGGCGACGCCCAGCUGCUGGCGGCGCCGACCGACCAGCCGCAGCCGCGACGUAUGUCGGCUGAGAGCGCCAGCAGCAAGGCGUCCAACGGCAGCGACGGUCUCACCCGGCGCAACUCAAAGAUCUACAAGGCGGCCGCCAUGUGGGAUAACAUGAUCGCGCCCCCGGAGCCGGCCGUGAAGACGCUGGAGAGGCCCAAGAAGGUCAUCAGAGACUCGUUGAAGCUGGAGCCCAAACCCAAGCCGGAGCCCAAGCCGGAGGAGAAGAAGCCCGUCAUUAGCCUGUUUACUGGCAUUAAGGUAUUGGAUGCUAAAAGGGCGUUCGAGUCGAAGCCGAAGGAAGCGUUAAAGGCGGUCCCUUUGCGGAAGGGAACUCAAGCCAAAAGUGUGAUACUCCAGGAUGCAGGUGGGCCUAUUCCAAUGAAGGACAUCACGGGUCGUGUGUAUGCUUCUAAAAGCUCUGGUACUGUGCUGAAGCAGGAUGUUAAAGUGAAGACGAAGAAGUCAAAGACAAAGGAAAAUGGGACUGAGGAACUUGGCAGACCCGAAACCAAGAUCAAUGGUGAUCAGUCCCCUAAGAAGGAAAAAUCCCCCGCGAAGAGUAGUGAAAAGGCAUCGGUGAAGUUUGCCGGCACCAAAACGCCAGAUAGUGUUGCAAAUUCCCCAAAUGUGGUGAACGUUGAAAAAUCUCCAGAUGCAACUGGCGCUGUAAAAUCACCGGACCCUCCAAAAAUGGAGGCUGGGGAUCAGUCCACGCUGUCCUUGGCACCGGAGAAAAAGGUAUUGAAAAGGAAGAUCAAGAAGGAACGUCCGUCUCCAACUGAGUCUUCUGCCAGCGCAGAAAAUAAAACCGCCUCCGAACGUAAGGGGGCGUCGGGCGAAGAGGUCGCAGCUCAAAUAGGUGAGAUGGUCAGUGCUAUUCGUGAGGUGGGCGAGGCCAUUUCACAAAAAGAAAGUGAAAUCAAGAAAAACGAAGAAGAUAUCGCUAAAAAGGUAACAGAACCCCUGGCAGACAAGGAAAUACUGGGAGGACCCAAGAAACCGAAAACGGCGCUCGGCACUGAACAAGAUGGGUCAAAAGAUCUUUUUUCGCGACCAAAGAAACCGGUGUCGGCCAUUGAUCAAAGAAAAAUGCCUGGUCAAGAGCCUGCAGCGGCUCAGAAGCUGCCGAACGUGGCAGCCGUUGAGACCACGUCCGAGCAGAAACAGCCCAAGCUGCCAGCUCACGAAUCCCCUGCUCGAAAGCAGCCCCAGGCCACGGAACCCGCGCCCGAACAGAAGCAACCCAAAACACCGAGUACUCAGGGCCAUGUGGAGCAGAAGCGGCCGCAGCCGUGCGUCCCCGGGGCUGCUCCAGAGGACAGCCGAGCUCCCAGGGAGAAGCCGGCGAAGCCGCGGCCGACGCUGGUGAUUCCCGAGAGGCGGCCCUCGGCCGCGGAGCCGCCGGUGGCCGCCGCCCAGACGGCGCCGGCCGACUGGGCCGGGCCGGCCGCACGGUCUCAGGCCGCCACGCUCGCGCCCAGGGAGAUGGAGUCGCAGGACACGCUCAAGAAGAUCUUCCGCCACGCCGAGGAGAAGGACACCGCUCUCGGAACUGAGAACAGCUUCCUUAAGGACGUGGUGUCGCGGCGCCGAAAGUCCGACGCCGAAGAGCGGCCCAAGUACGCCACGCUGCCGGCCAAGAAGAAGACGGAGCUGCGUGUGCUGCUGGGCCAGGAUGAGGCGCACGGCCGCCGGCCCGAGUACCGCUCCGAGGUGGAGGCGGCCGUCAACACGCCGAGCACCACACGGCGCACCGAGGUCACCUUCCCGGUGGCGGCGCCCGACCGCGCGCACAGCCUGCCGCCGCAGCGCGCCGGCAGCCGCGAACACGUGAUCCGCAUCAGCAUGGACGGCGGCGAGCCGGCGGCCGAGGCGGCGCCAUCAUUGCCGGCACAGCGGCCCGAGCCGGCGCGGCGGCCGGCCAAGUCGGUCCGCCACGCGGCCUCGCUGCAGUCGCUGCCCGAGCGGCAGCGGCUGGCCGGCGACGACGGCAUGCGCCAGGCGGUGCUGCGCUCGCUGCCGCGCGCCAGACCGCAGCUCUCCGUGCCGGCCGGCAGCGUCACCUCGCCGCCGCCCGAGCCCAUCCGCAAGUCCCCGCGCGAGUUCAUCAUCCCGAUCGCGCUGGAGGGCGGCGGCACGGUGACGCCGCCGGUGCGCGCCGCCUCGGAGGAGGCCGAGGCCGCCCAGGGGCCCGGCCUGUUCCGCUCGCAGCGGCUCUCCGGACACCGCAGGAUGGGGAUGUCGCGUCCUCGGACCGGCUUCUCGGUGGAGCGCUCGGACAGCUUCAGCUCGGCGGGCGAGGACGAGGAGGACGAGGACCAGUUUGAGAUCCUGACGGCCGAGUCACUCUUCACCACCCUGCUCGACCGCGUGCGCAACCUCACGCGCCGCGUCAGCACCGAGGACUCGCCGCUCAAGCGGACCAUGCAGCUGGCCAACCAGGCGCCAGGUUCCGGCGAGCGGCCGCCCCAAGAGCAGCAGCCCAGCAUCUGGGGCGUGCACGCACCCAUGCGCUCCCUAUUCGACCAGCCGCUAGGCUUCCCCCGCACCUCGCUGUUCGAGCAGCCGCCGGCAGUCGUCGAUUACCGGAGACGAGGCCAGUGCUUCGAGGCCGACGACGACCCGGCCAACUACACGAGGAGCCUGCCGCGGAGGUACACAGCCCGCGCGCCCUCCAAGGACCUGCCCAGCAUCAGCGACGAGGAGCCGACCGAGCCCAGCCGGCCAGCGCCGCAACCUCUGCACGACGCGUACCGGCCGCCGGGGGAAGCUGAAGGGCGGGACGGCGGGCGAUCAGCGACCAGCCAGGAGCCGGCGGCCGGACCAGCGGGCCGCCGCUCCCUGAUCGACACUCCCCCCGGCGGGCGGCGCGGAGAGCAGGAGGGUGAGGCCGGGCGGCCGCGGCCGGCGCCCGACGAGCGGCGCCGCGCCAUCGGCCGCACGCUCAGCUUGCGGAUACCCGAGCCGCUCCGAGACGGCGGCGGCGGCGGCGGCGGGAGCGCGGCGCGUGCGCGCAGUCAGAGUCGCGACGGCGGCACGCCGCCAGACGAGGCCCGGCUGCCAGCGGGUCGCACCCGCCGCUCUUCCUCGACACUUGUGUCCGACACCGAGCGGCGCUCCCUCUCGCCGCUCGCCGCGCCGGACGCGGCCGGCGGCGACGAGGGCGACCGCACGCCCGUGUCCAGCCCCCAGGCGCGCAGGCGCCAGCCGGAGAGGGCGGCGCGCCGGGCGGCGGCGACCGACCGCGCGCGGGACGAACACCGCACCAGCCCGCGGCACCACCGCCGCUCCGACCCGCCGGACGAGCACCGCAGCGCCCGAGACGACCAUCACCACGGCUUGCGAGGCGGCGACCGCCACUCCAGCCGCCGCCUCAGCGCCGAGCCGGCAGGCCCGGGCGACGACUACCGCUCCAGCGCCCGGUGCCUGAGUCCCCGCGGCGACCACCGCUCCGAAUUCCGCUCCGGGCCGCUGGACGACUACCGCGGCAGCCCGGGGCCGCUCAGCCCGCGAUACAGCUACCCGGACAGCUAUCGCUUCAGCUCGCCGUUCAUUCGCAGCUCAGAGCGCAGCGUGCAGAGCGCGCUCAAGGACAUCCGACAGAAGCGCGAGGCGGGUGGCGGCGCCCUGUCCCCCCCGCCGGCGACGGAGCCGGUCCCCAAGCCGCUGGAGUCGGAGGCGGAUGCAAGUGAGUUCGAUGUCAGAACUAAAGGUGCAGAAGACAGCGUCGAGGCGCCACCAGCGGAGGAGAGCGUCGCGCGCCGCGGGCCGCCCGGCGCCGACGGGGACAAGGCGCCCGGGCCGAUGAAGAGGCUCGACAAGCAGCAAGAGCGAAGCGUAUUCGACGAGAUUUCUAGGAAAACGGCAAAGCUCCUCAACCUCGACAGAGGAAAAGACGAGGACUCGAAGACCAUGUCAGACAAAAGGUCGGAGCCCGACGACGCGAAGGAGAAGAAAACGACUCUCACGCAAAAGCUGAGCCGAAUACCGAGCCUGAUCCGGCGGGCCGGGUCGCGCUCCGAGGUCAAGGCCGAGGCGGAGGGCGCCGAAGUCCGAGACGCCCCACGUCCCGCCCAGCUGACGUUGCCGGGCAGCGCCGUGGAGAACCAGCCGCCGCGUCCGAUCAACCCGGACCUGCUACGGGACGCGUUCAGUCACUACCCGAGCUCGGAGCAGGCGCCGCCGGCCAGCCCGGGCAGCCCAACCAGUCCGCGGCCCAGCUCCCGACGCGUGUCACUCAAGUUCUUUGAGGAGCGCGACAAGACCGAGUGCGGCUCGCCGACGCUCAAGGAGCCGCCGCGCGAGCUGAAUAUCGUGCGGCGCGGCAGCAGCGUGCGCUCGGUGGUCAACAAGCUGCAGCAGAGCGCGUCCGGCGAGGGCCAGGCCGCCGCCGCCGCUGCGCCCGAACCCCAGGUGUUCCGCAACAUCGCCGGCCAGAUCAUCCACCUGGCGCCGGGCGGCGGCGAGGUGUCGCGCGCCCGCUCGCCGCGCCGCCGCAGCGCCAGUCGCGAGCGCCAGCCGAGCCGGUGUCGCUCCUCCAGCCGGGAGGCAGGCGCCGCGCCCGACCAGCCCACCAAGCGGCGGCCGCAGCUGGCGCGGCUCUGCCUGGACGGCGCCGUCGCCAGCAGCGAGGAGGAGCUGCAGAACGGGCCGACGGUGAACGGCGCCGCGGAGACGCGCCACCACAACGGCGAUGGCGGCCGGCGGCCCGAGCCGCGCGCGCCCGGGCCGGCCGACCCGGCGCCCGCCGAGAACGGCGUUGGCGCCGAGGCGAGGCGGCGCCGGCUCGGCCAGCCGCUCAGCGCCGACGCGGACGCCGCCUCGGAGACAACCGACACCGGCUCCGAGGUGAACGCCGCCGACGACGAGGAGGACUCGGUCAGCGACCGCAUCCUGCGCAAGAGCUACUUCCCGCGCUUCAACGACCGGCGCCGCGACCGGUCGUCGAGUCGUGAGGUGCUCAGCCUCAUCUACGACGAGCCGCCGGGCGAGCCGCGGCGCGCCGGCCGCCGCGAGCGCCGCGAGCGCGACGCCUCGCACGGCCGCUCGCUGCUCGCCGCCGAUGGCACCGGCCGGCUGCGCUCGAGCAGCCGUGACCCGUCGGAGGCGUGCGCCGACGUCAGCCGCCACAGCAGCACCCUGCCCCGCCGUCUGAAGCUGUCUGGCAGUGGCGGCGGCGGCGGCUCGCCGGCCGACGAGCCCGCCGACGCGGUCGGCUCCAAGGAGACGCUCUCCUCCAGCAACGUCAGCCUGCGCUCGUCGCGCGAGUCGCUGCCGUCCGACCCGGCCGGCGAGCCGCGGCCAGCGCGGCUCUCCAGCAUCGAGGAGGGCCGACGGCGGCGCACCGGCGACGCGCCGUACUUCCGCGCCGCCACCGCCCACGUGCCGAGCACGGCCGACUUCUACCGGCGGCACACGACGGCGCUGGGCCCGGCCGCUGCCGAGGCGGUCGCCGAGCGGCGCGCUUCCUCCCGGCUCUCCGUGCUCGGGGACCAGAUCAAGCGGAACCUCGAUUCGGUGACCAGCAACAUCGAGAGCCUGAAGGAGGCUCGUAAGGCCCGUCACUCGACCGGCUCCACCAGCCAGCCGGCUCAGUCGCGCAGAUACCCGAGCGGCACCCGGCCUGCCGGUCCUGCGGCCCGGGUACGUGCGCCGAGUGACCAGCCCACUAACGCUCCGCCCUCUGUCUGACCUUGCAGGGGAGAUAACCGCUGACUGGCGC